GACAAAUUUAAACGUGACGGUUUCACAAUGACGAAAUUUUUGGGGGAACUUCACAGAUUUCUAAGAAAUAAUAUUAUCUUCCGGGGUCUAUAUUACGUUUAUAAGUGUUAGAUGUGAUACGAUAUUAAUUGUUACAGUCGUUAACGUAUACAAGUACGGAACUGAAGAAUUUUGGUACGGGAAGCAAAGUCGCAAAUUUGUGAUGGCGGAUGGUAUGCCAUACUUCAAGUCGCAUAAAACUCCAGUUGAGAACUCCGAGGAGAGCUUGGAGGAUAUCGAAAAGCAGGCAUGUUUACUGUUUGAAGAGUUCUUAAGAAUUACAGAACCCGCAAGUUCAGCUGGUCGGCUUCGGCAUGCAAAGUCUGAGCACUCGGACUCUCCAGUCGUACUUAGUCUGAAGAAAUCAGUUGGAGGUAAGAGCUUUUGCGACUCAUCUUUUUCCUGCUUUUUCGAAAGUCCGUUAAGGGUUAGUUCAAGCUGGGUGAGAUCGUAGAACUUAAUAACGUGAGUCUUUACUAGUUAUAUUAUGUAGGAUGUUUUUUCCGCGUAGAAGCACGGGCCACCUCAAAGACCUCUUGCUCACGCAAGGAUUGUCCGAAAGUAAACCAUUGACCUAAUUUUGUCGAGAUCGAGAACACAAUGCUUCCUCGAGAUAAUGCUUUACUUAAGAAAGAGAAAGAGCCAGCCAAAGAAAAGCGUAUCUUACGAUUUUAGCGGGAAAAACUAGAAAAUGAAACAUUUUUAAUUACAUUUGCACGCCAUAUUUGAAUAAUAAUUAUUCAAUAUGUAUGUGCAUGAUCAAGGACUUGUUCUUCAGUUUAGAUAUGGGGAGCGGGGAUGGGUAGGUAGCUGUUUACAGCGGGGGUGCAAUUCUCAAAAGCUGUCGUAAAUGGGGGCAACAAUUCGCUAUGAUGGCCAAAUCGGGUUACAGUUUUCACUUUUGUGUAUUAACAGCUAGAUUUAUGCUGUAAGAUCCUAACACGAAUUGAUAUUUUCAAACACUGACCCUAAUGAAUAGAUCCUUUCACAGUUUUUUCAACUUUUGACAUGUAGCAGUAAGAGAAAAUCUGUGACACCAUUGGAAAGAGUGCUUUAAUAUCAGUAAACUUGCCAAGUUUGAGAGUGGUAGGCCUUAACCCUUUAAGCCCUGAAAGUGAUCAGUGUCAAAGUUCUCCUUGUAAUAUCAAGGCUUUGUAAAACAGAGUAGUAAUGAGAAUUACAGACAUGAUCACACAAGAUGCAUUUGCUUGAUAUUUUAUCAGCUUCUCCCGACUUCUUCUGUAGGAAAUGAAAUAGGGGCUAAAAAUGAGAAUUCAAAUAUUGAUCUUAGGGUUUAAAGGGUUACGCAAAGAUAUUGCUCCACAAAGUUGCAAAAAUUCACAGACAUUUGUAUGGUGCCCCCCACAUCAUAUCUUGGUGAGCAUUUGGAAGUCAGCCAAGCGUGGUCAUCUGAACAAGAAUGCUGUAUCAUGACAGACUAGAAACAAUAGAAAACUCCCAAAGCACAAACUCAUCCAAAACGCUAAAAAUCUUCAAUGUUUACUCAAGUUUGGGCUUAUAGAAGAUAAUGUCACAGUUUUUCAAUGACCAUGAAAUUCAGAAUCCGGAUAGUUAGUUAAUCAGUUGUGGCUCUAAAAAAAUUUGAAGGAAAAAAAACUACAAAUUUUUAAGAAAAUGCUUUUUUCGUGAGAGGGACUCUUAAAAGCUGACAGACGUCAACAAAUAGCUAAAACUAUAAUUUCUGUAUGCUUGCAUUGCUCGAAAUCGUGCAUUUACAAGGCUCUAAAGCUUUCUGCUGACUUGCAAGGACCCAUCUGUUAUAAAGAUCCCCAAAAUAAAGGGAUAAAUCUCAUAGUUUAUUAGAUAUAAUCGUGUAAAGUUUGCUUAUCAUUUUCGCAUAAAUUAUGGCCUAAAUUUGGAAACCGCUGCAUUUCUCCCAUUGGGUCUUUGUGAUUUUGGUGAAACUCUGUUCAACGCAAGGUACUACUACCCACUAUAUGUAGCCGAGAGAUUUUCACGAAAAAAUGCUGGCAACAGCAGAAUUUCGAUUUAGACCCCAAAGAGGCGUGGCACUAUAACCACGUGACAUUUACUCCAAUCGCCAAAAAUUUUAUGCUAUAUUGUAGAUUGAUGUAUAUGUUAUCCAUGCUAUUGUUAGACUUAGGAUCAAAGUAAAGGUGGGGAUACCAGAGAGCUUCAAAGGAGGAUGGUACCCUCACAAAAUAACUGGGUCGAGUCACCUUAAGGUAGCCCCAAAACAUUUGUGAUGGGUAGCAUUGAUUACAGUUCAUCUGUAUUUUGAAUUCCCCCCCCCCAAAAAAAAAAAAAAACUUGCCCUUUGGGCAAGUUAAGAACUGUCAGGAUUCACUGGCCUGAUUGCAAAAUCCACAAGCCCCAGGCUAUUGGACACCUGGGGCGGAUCUAGGGGGGGUUCGCAGGGUUCGAUCAAACCCCCUAAAUUAAAACAGCUAACCUCAAAACUUGUAGAAAUAUAAAAUAAAUACAGUCAAUCUUAAAUGCAAUAAAUUCAUAACCAAGUUAAACCUCUGCUGCCCAGUAAAGCUAUAACAUUUUUUCCAUAAAAACAAAUACAUUUUUGGUUCACUAUGAAUGUGUGGCUCUUUUAACUGUCUCUGCUUCGGUAAAGCAUCACGUCAAAAGUGACUUUUUGUAUAGCUACACCUUUCAGGCUUGGCUCUGAUGAACAUUCACUACGAAAAGCCCGUUGACUACGAUGCUGUGGUUCAGCUUUUUGCGGAAAGAUACCCCCGAAGAAUGCUCCUUAUUGAUCCCUUCUUUGACGAAACACAAAAUUGAAAAAAGAUAAAAUGCGUUAUAUUUUAAUCAUAGAUUUAUAAAUGCAAAUUUGUAUUGUUUCUACUCAGUUUUGUUAUAUUUUGAUGCAAAAAGAAUGGCAUUUUAACUUUAAAAAAUGAGAUGUUAAAACACGCGACUUUGCCUCAGAAUGGUGGAAAUCGCGUUUCCGAGGACUUAAAAUUUCAAACUUUUCGGGGGGAGGAUACCCCGGACCCCCCUACGGGCGGGCGGCCUUCUGCGCCCUCUUUCUUCGAACCCCCUAUGCUGAAAACCUGGAUCCGUGCCAGGACACGAUUUUCUUUGCACACUGGUUAAAGGUCAAAAUUAUGUUCAGGUUAGAAUCUUUUAACCUACAAUCACAGACAAAAGUAGUUGGGAAGGCUGUACAACUUAACAGUAGUCCAUUUUAAUCCUGAAAAAAGAGAGUUUUCUCUUUUGCUAAAUAUCCCCCGUCCCCCCUGUUCAAUGUUGGGAUAUAACAGAAAAAUUACGCGCACAAACAUUAACGUUUUGAUCAACAUUGGGCCAGGAGCGGGGGGAGGAAGGAAAAGAAGAGGCAAAAAAGGCAACCUUCCCAACACUUUUGACGAUGAUUGUAGGAGAAUGGAAAAUCAACUUUAAACGCUUAUAAAACUUGUCGCAUUUAACAUUUGAUUGAGAUAUCUCGCCCUGGAACUGUGCUGAUAAUGCACAUUGCAAAGUAUAUAAAAAAUACAGUAAAGGUUAUAUUUCAGUAAAAUCAUAAAUAGGAGAAUUUUGCAUCAGACGUGCGUGACAUUUCACAGUGUGACCACAAAGUCCACUGGGUAAAAAGGCUUUCUUUUAAGAACGUCAGAAGAAAACAUUUAAGGCCUUUAAUUUUCCUCAUGAACCAACAGACGUUUUCUGCGCGUGGACUACAUAGAAAGAAUGGCCACAGGUGGUCUGUUUCACUAGAUUUAACGAAAAGUCAUGAGGGUAUUUUUAAGCAAAAAAUGCUAUACAAUUGCUGUCGUUGUCAUGUAUACAUGUAUCUUUUUCAUCAGCGGCAUUAUUCCUGGUUAACUUUUGCCGUUUCCUAUCAGCGAAAUAUUUUGAAAGAUGUUACAAAUAGAAAUGGCAUAAAGGCUGCCACAAUAAAGGUUUUUUUGCAUUCUGGCGGUGUCAAAGUAUCCUAGAAAAACGUGAUGUUUGUAGUUGCGAGGAAGCAGUGAGAUAAGUGCCGAAUUAAAAUCUUCUAGACUGUAUUUUCGCGAGGCCUGAAAGUUAUACGGAACCUCUAUAAAAGAGUUCAUUCAGCCAUGUUCAGUGCUCAUAUAGAAAUUGCUGUGCUAGCGUCGCCUGUCAAUCAUUCAGUUAAUUUGAGAACAGUAAACAACAUGGGUUUCCACAUUACUCCAUCAUAUUACUCCACAAGAAAAUGCGAAAUAUAUGCACAAUGAACCAACUUUCAAACAAGAAAAGGGUAAAAACAUGUAAAUCAUGUAAGAAUAUGGACAGCUUUUGUCGCAUUUAUCUACGGAGAUAAAUUUAACAACUGUUUCCCAACAUUACUCCAUUUAAACAGUGCCCCAUAAAGGUCAAUUAGCAAAGUAAGUUUAAUUUUAACGCUAUCCAUGGAGUACUGUUGUAUUUUACUUAGAAUUAAGCUAAAAUAUCUAUUAAAAUUCGUUUGGUUAAGUCCUUGCAAAGCCCCAAACAAGUCAAUAAGGCUAUUUUGCUCGUUAGCGCUACUAUAAAGGAAUUAUUUUCGGCUACGAAAAUGGAGUAAUGUGGUGUGUGAUGACUUUGCAUGUGUUACCCUUUUUAAUUAGAUUAACGAAGACAAUAGACGCCUUACUCUAAAUCAAGAGCGUACUUUGUUGUCGUUCUCUGAAACCAGUUUCGAAAAGCAGUGCCACAAGGGCUUAACUAGAGUUAUUCAGCCAGAGAAAGUAGCCUCAAGAAUUCGGCAAAUCUCCACUCAGCCUCAUAGUUUGCUCGCCUGGCAAAUUGGCAUGUGCUGAAUGUUGUAAAGAAUGGGGGAAUUGCUAAGGAAGAUGUCAGCUACACUGUCGCAAUCCGAAUGAUUUUUGCGGGAAGUGGUGAACGCACUAUAUCUUGCUUUAAGAUUUGGAGCAUAUCAGCCUAUGCUACAGUCAAUAGUUUUCACCGAAAAUAGUCUUACAUUUGUAUUUUGGCCCGCUUCCUGUGCCCCAGAAAGAGCAAUAGUUGUACUUACCGGGUUGCAAAACAUGCUGAAUAUAAACAGGCGUGUGCGCCAAAAACUGUCUUAACAAGGUACGGCAAAUAUUUUUUUUCAACAGAGUAAUGUUUACGAGUGUUUUUUGAAGACGUUUCUACUGACAAAAAGUCGUUGAGUUUUGACCUUUCACAGCCACACCCAGAAUUUUCAGACAAUCACAGACAAAAGUAGUUUGGAAGGCUGUACAACUUAACAGUAGUCCAUUUUAAUCCUGAAAAAAGAGAGUUUUCUCUUUUGCUAAAUAUCCCCCGUCCCCCCUGUUCAAUGUUGGGAUAUAACAGAACAAUUACGGGCACAAACAUUAACGUUUUGAUCAACAUUGGGCCAGAGGCGGGGGGAGGAAGGAAAAGAAGAGGUAAAAAAGGCAACCUUCCCAACACUUUUGACGAUGAUUGUAGGUUGAUUCUCAAUUUCCUUUGUCUCUUGGUCCUUAAUAUUCAUGAAUUUAAGCUAGGAUUCAAAAGAAAUUGACAAUCAACCUCGGUUAAAAAUUUAACUUUGACCUGUAAUAGAUAUUGGGUUUAAAAGGGUUAAAAGUGAUAGUGACGAUCCUGCCAUAACUUGUUGGUCCUACUUGGAUUGAAGAAGUAAAGGAUCUUCAUCUGCUCCAAAUCAUAUGAAUACAGUAAUACAUAAAAUCAGGUGAUUUGUUGUUGCUCUUAUAAAGGAGAUUGAAAAUUUGGAUGUACUAGGUUUCACAUUUUGUGACAAUUUUUAAAAUUUAUCUUCUAAUAUUGCUAUAAAAUGGUGUAAGUUGUAAAGGGCAAAAAAAAUUAAGUUUAUUGUCUGUUGUUUAUUUGAAGAUUCUGUGUUAUAUCAAAGUGUCUGUCAAAUAGUGUAUGUGUUCCAAAACAAUAAACAACAACACUAAUGAUGUUAAGUGUUUUUAAUGCAGGAAAAUACACAUUUAAUCAUUAAACAAAAACAUUUUGUAAGAAUCUUUUAUACAAGAAAAUACACAUUUGAACUUGUAUCAGUUUCACCAGAGUUACAGUCACCUUUCCUCCUUUGCUCUGUAACAAAUUUGAUUGUCCCCUAGUUAACUUGAACUUGACAUCUUGGAGAGUUAUGAAGAUCUUUAGGAAAGGUGUGGUCAUGUUAUUUUACAUGUCUUUGUUGGGGAUCGUUUUCAUGGUGAUUUGAUAGAACUGGAAAUAUUUAUACAUAAUUAUAAGUAUUAAUUUUAAUAAAACAGAAACAUUGAUUAAACUUUUUUCAUAGUCAGGUAGCAAAAUUUGUAAUCUGUAACUUUGAAAAAGUUCAGUGUUUAAAUUGGUUUAUUUUUGUACAACAAACACUGUAUAAACCUAUUACAUGUAUACCAGUCAUAUUUUAUUACAAAACCAUGACUCAAAAAAGGAGGAAAAAUAAAGACUUUAGGACAGUCAAAAAAAAUCUCAAACUUGAUAUGACAAAAAUGCAGUAAAGAGUAAGAAAUGGAAAAUUUAAUAUACUUUGUAACUUAUAAAACUUGUGCUAUUCAUAUUAUUAUAAACUCUUAUUGUAAAGCCCUUGACUGUGUGAAAUAUCCUGCAUAAUGCUUACGGUACAUACAGUUAUCUAAUUGCACAUUUACUACAUUAUUUUAUUAAUUAUCAAUUCAUGGAGCUUUUAGUACAAGUGUAUCUGCUAUUCAUCCUGUUGAGGACCUUAUCACAUGAAUGGCAGUCCGUAACUACAAGAAAACACACAUUUAGUCAGAGGAUGAUUACAUAAUAGCUACUAGUUAGAUUGCUGUCUUACCUAAAACAACAGUGUCCAAAGCUGAGAAAAGAACUGGGAAUUCUUAAGUCUUUGGAUUAAUUUCUGUCAGUAUGGUUGUCUUUAUUUUUGGAAGUAAAAAGGGUAAAAUUUUUAUGUGGAAAUAUGACUUUUUGUUAAUGUUAUGGGUCAUAGGGUGAUCUUUGACUUUCAACUGGAAGCAAAGAUGUUAAUGUGAUAUAUAGCUUUAUUAUUGAUAUCCUUUGUUCUAGGUGUCAGGGAAUGCUCUGAGUCAUAUGAAGAAGAUGACAUGGUACCUGAUAGUCAAAUUAUGGAGAAGGGUCCUGCUGAGUCUCGAACACCCUUACCAGCUACAGGAGUAGAGCAACCUGCAGAUCCAACAAUACAAAAGCUGGCUCAUCAGAUGCAGCUUGCUGGUGAUGCUCUUACAAGUCAAUAUGGAAGGCAUGUGACGGUAUGAACAAAUGUAAUGCUUUCCACAUAUUUGUAUAACUUGUGGUUUAAUUAUAUAUUGCCUGGAAGAUAUUUUAAUAUGUAAUGGUUAAAUCAUGUCCUCGCUUUCAAUGUUAUUUUUUUUACGUUUUGGGUUUAUGACAAUCAGGGUGCUGUAUGAUCAGUAAGGUUUUAUUGGGAGAAGUUGCUGUACUUACACAAGCUUUGGAUAAUUAAACAUGAGGGUUACUUCAAUCAGAGGUUAAUAAUAGAGUUCAAACCAAGGAUUAAAAUGAACCACAUUGUAGUUUCCAAGUCCUUUAGAUGUGUAAGUUGGCGAAAGACCACGCAAGUAACAACAGUCCAAUUAAUUAACAAUUUAUUAAUUAGCAAUUGUUGCUAAUUUUUGCUCAAAUUACACAUAAAUAUUAGGGGUGAUAUCAAUCGUUGAGAUACUAGUUCUGGGUUAAGAAAUUAUGGAAGUACAGGUGGCCUGAGUGGAGUAAGUUCCUUCUUAUCUCAUGGCUAUACCCCCUAACCUAAGAACUGAUAAUCAUAGAAGUGCUGACAUACCGCAUUUAUUCGGCUGUCAGAUGAGUAGAGUCAGCAUAAACAAGAAUGACAAAUAAAUAAAAAACACCUAGCUUUAAGCCGAGACCCAUUUGUUACAAGACUUUUAUCUACGGGAAAACCUAACAUUAAUAUUUUGAAAAAAGUGUGACCUUCUGCAGGAAAGUGUACACUAAUGCUUUUCUGUUAAAUGGGCAAAAACUAACAGCUGAUGAAUGACAUGUUAAGAUUGAGCCUUUCAAAGUGUUGUAAUGGUUUGAUUAAUGCUGUUAACAGGUGAACGAAAAUUUCUGAUGGUUUUUGAAAGUGUUCAAAUGGAUUGCCAGGGCUCGAAAUUGCGACUGAUACGGUCGCCAAUGGCGACCAGAUUUCUCUGUGAUAUAGAUUUAAAUUGAAAGAGUAAAGUUAAAACAAAAAUUUCAUAUAUUGCGAUCUAGGUUGCGGAAGUAAAAUUUCACGGGAUUUUCAGAGACAGAUUUGGCAGAAAUUUUCACGGGUAACUUCGCUGCAAAGCAGCUGAUUUCGUGGGAAUUUUCUGGGCAAAUUUCGCUAGAAAUCGAUUGAUUUUGCACUGAUUUGACGACCGUGUGUAAUGUUUGUAACAGAGAUAAUCUAACAUAUUCUAGCAACAAAGCGCUCGAGAAAUGAACCAAUGGCAAAGCUUUUAACAUCAUGACUAGUGCCCAGUUUUUCGCAACAUAGUUUACGCCUGGUAAUUUUGAGACAUUUUUCGCGCAUUGUGGUGAUGAAGUUUCAAGGUAAAUUUGCAAAGAUUCGGCAAUUAAACAGCCCCUAUAGCCGAGAUAAGUUUCAAAUAUGUUGUAUCGACAAGUAUUUGAUAAGAUUUCUCGCGAAUUUCACGGUAUUUGGCACAUUAUUGUGAAUUUCAGGGGAUUUUCCGGUUUUUCCUGAAAUUCGCGGCUCAGCGACCGCGCUAAAUAUCAGAAGCCAAGCUGAUACUGUGAGCUGCUUCAUUUACAUCAUACAAACUGGUGACUAAAAAUUUGUACCUGGAGACUACAUUUCUCCAGUUUGUCGCCAAAAGGCGACCUGAAGAUUUUUUUAAUUUCGAGCCCUGAUUGCCUUGAUUUUCUGAAGGGUUUGCUUGACAGGUUGACUAAACAACAUAAACGGCUCACCUGAUCAAAGUUUUCAACAAUAUAUUGUUGUUUGGGUUUUUCACUGCUAUCAAUCUUUCUUUGUGUCUUCAUUGUAUUGAAAUGGUCACAGAAAUUGCCUUUUAGUCAAAAUAAACCACAGCAAUUUGUGUAAAAAUCACCUGGCUUAUAGCCAAAUAAAUAUGGUAUUCCUUGUCUACACGUUAGAAUUUACAUGGUCACUCUUUUGCUUUGAUAGGGAGUCCAGAGUCAUUUAGUCUCAUUUGUUCUGGAGAAUGCUGCUUCCUUGACGUAUGAUAGGCUGAGUCAAGAGAUUGAUAACAUGGUGGGCAGAGAUAGGAGUUGGUCAAACUUUGUCAUGGCAAUGUGUCUCAGCAAACGGGUUGCUGAGGAAACAGCGAGAGCUUGUGGAGCAGUCACUGAUUACUUCAAACGCUACAUAAGUCAGUCAUAUAGUCGGGCAAUGCAACAAGCUGGAGGAAUGGUAGGAUCUUGCUUCAUAAUUUACUGUACAUCAUAUAAUUAUGUGAUUUUUAAGGUGGCUCGACUGGAUUGUUUAGGGUGGAUACCUCCCAAGUUUGAGCAUUAACUAUGUCGGCAUGAGUAAAGAUAUGGAAAAAGGUUACCAUAACUGUAUUGUAUAAAGAUGAAAAUUUCCUUGAUUGUUGAGAGAAUUUGAUAACUGAUCAAAGUAUUUUUUCUUUGGGCAUCAUUUUAUUAACCCUCAUAACCUUUUCACUUGAUUUUGUAUUGAUAAAGUCACAUUGCCAUGGUAACUUGCAAAAUUCCUGGAUGACAACGAUAAGGAGCUUAAGCAACAACCACGGCGACGACAACCAGAAGGGCAAAAAAGCAACACAUUUAUAUAAGCAAAACAACAACUUUUGAAUGUUUAUCACAUUUUUUUGUCCAUUUCGUAGCUGUUGAUGCUCGACUGCGACAUAAAACUUCCUUAUUUCACGCGCUGACUUUAGGGAGUAGGUGAACACAACACAAGAAUUUUCUUUUUCUUUUGUUAAACUUAGAUACAGUCCUUACAGAUUUAGCCCUGGAAAAUUUUGCCAACAUUUGACAAAUUAAAUGAAUUGAAUAAGAGUGAUGAAGUUUGAAAUAGUAGGAAGUCACUUUUUAAGUUACGUUUUCAGUUUGUUGUCAUCCAGAAAUUUUGCUACCAUGGCAACGUGACAUAACGACUUCUCCUCUCUAUUGCUGGGAGAUAAUUGAUGGUAGUCACUCUUGAGACCUAAAGGGUUAACAAUUUCCUCAUUCACCACUAAUAGAGGCACUUAACUUGCAAACACUGUUGAUAUUUUGUUUUCUUUUAGGCACCAUUUGUAGAAUCCAGAGGUCGCCCCCAAUAAAAUUCAGGCGAGGCACGGUUAACCCAGCAAGUCAGGAAGGCAUCUUCUGGAAAUCAAUGUUGUAUUUCAACAAGAGUGUUAUUUAGCUCUGUGCUUGAUAUGUUCAGGGGGAACUAUGUAAAAAAUGCCAUGUAAUUAAAUUAUCCUUCUUGGUUAUUAUUGUCACUGAAAUACCGGCAGUUAACCUUUUUGCCUUGUAUGUUUUAUGUUCCCAAAUAUUCAGACCAUGUGAUGCUCUCAAGAGAAUUUGCCUUUUGUUUUUUUUUAUAAGUUUUGCACACAUAGAUGUAUGCAUGAUUUGGAUUAACGACGAAAUAGGAUUUAAACAGCUCUCUGGGGUAACUUCAUGUGAUCUAAAAUGGUAAAACAAAACAGGCAAGCUAAAAAGGUCUAUUGUUCCAAGAACCCCGACCUUCUAAUUUAAUCAACCUUAAUCAUAUCUUUCAGUGCAGAGUUUGUAGCUUUUAAAUUGGGAUUGCUAUCAUUAGUAAGUUUUUUGAAGGCCUUAAAAUAUUAUUUUAUAAUCUCUUCAAGAAUAAGUUCUUGUAAGGGUCAAGCACUUGCUCUUUAACUUUAAAGUUAAGCCUAGAAGUUGUGCCAUAAAAUUCUCUAUUUCAACACUCCACUCAAUGUGCAGUAUAAAUUAUGAUUUAUUAAUUAACGCCUUGCACUUGGAAGAGUGCCUAAGUGGCCAGUGAACAGAAUUGAUCUUCUACAAUCCUUCACCUUAUUGUCAGGAUAUCAUAAUUAAGCGCGUAAAAAAUUUUUUGGCUUCUGUUGAGGUAUUCUAUAAAGCUGAGUUGUUUAAAGCACUGUUUGUGAGUCAGCAAAUACAGUUUGUGAGGAGUAUUACCAUAACACAGGGCUGUCUGUAAGGGGUGGGCACCCAGGAAUUUUCCCUGUCUACUAUGAGGAUGAUCCGUAGAUACUUUCAUAGGAAACAAAGAAAAAUAGAACCAAAAGAAUUUUCAUAGCUGAUCAAUUCCUACCUAGUAACUGCAUAUACCUGGCAACAAGAAAUCUUAGAGACAGCCCUGGUAACAACUCAUGUUCCAAUAUUAGUGCUAAUCACACUUCAAUCUCAUAGACCUAAUGGACUAACUCAGCGUUGUAUCCAAUGCAAAUCUCCCGGGGUUAAGAUUCUUUGUGUAUUGUAUUUGCAUUAUAACGUGGCAUUCACAUUUAAAUGAUAUGGAAAUUCCGAAAACUAAACGUUUUAUUCCCAAAGGGUUUGAAUUUGGUACAACGUUGAGUUAGCUGAAUAGGUCUAUCCCAGGCCCUUGGUUUUCAAAAGAUGGAUAGCGGUAGUGUUGUUCAGAAGGUAAAUAAUGCAAUUAGUUUCCCAAAUAAUUAACCGCUGGAUGAUGAUUUAUCUGGUGGAUAGUGUUAUCCAACGUUUGAACAGCCAGGGCCUGGGUAGCUCAAUGGUUCCUUAAUAUUUAUCCAGUGGACUGUGACUUAUCCUGUGGACUAGAGGCUCUCCAACGUUUGAACAAUAGGACCAGAUGUGUAAGAAGAAAUGAUGUAUUUUCCAAUCAGUUUCCAUUUAUUUUAUUUUGUUGUUUCCUUCUGCUUUACCCUCUCCAAGAGAGAGAUGCAUUUGAUGAAAGUGGUAGUCUUUUGUGGUAUGAAUCGAGUUCCUUUGUGCCACUGUACUCUUAUUUAGUUUCCAGGUUCUCUGUGAAACAAGAAAAAAGAAACUGGAAACAAUGAAAAAGCACUUUUAGAUUAAAUGCAUUUCAGGUAUUGUUGUGUGCGAGACCUGGAUAAGAGUAAAUUCGUACCUUUUAUAAUCAAAUGAUAAAAAAAGAAAUAAAGUACUUGAAUGCUUCUUAAUUUUUUAAAUGAUGUGUGAAGUAGAGAAGUUGAUUGUAGGAAAGUUAAACAACAGCUGGGGUCAAUUUAAUAAAACUUUUACAAGUGUAGCUGUUGUUCUCAGACUCUAAAACAAUGGCUACAAUAAUUGUAAAUUACACCUGUAAAAGUUUUAUUAAAGUGAUUCCAGGAUACAGUCUGUACCACUUAAUAGCAGUGUAUGUUAAGAUUUUGUGGGGUGGGGGUUGGGGAGGUACUCCCUCUAAUGGCCUAUAUACGGGGAGGCUCCAAUCCAGUGUUUAAGGCUUUCAAACAUAUUAGGUGGCGAAAGUGAAAAAUUCAUUUAAAUUCCAAAUUCCUUUUUGUAAAAUCAUAAAACAUAAAAUCAUUUUAACAGUACUGUUCAAAAGUUCUGCCAAAGUGCCAAAGAGGUUUCAAUUGAAUGGAAACACCACAGCUUUUCAUCCAAACGUGAAAAAUAAUAUUGCGAUCGAGUGGUUUGUUGCAUAAGUGUUCCUAGGAAUUCAGGGUCAUUCAGCGGCCUUACAGAUGGUGGACACGUGUCACGAAACGUGCCAGUGACAGGGAGUGAUGAGAAGCGGCUGUAUCCCCAGGGUUGGCACUUGCCAAUUGCAGGUACGUUCUUCCUCGCUUGGGCUUCCUGUGUACCCUUCGUCGGGGCGUUCUUGUUCGGCACGUCAGAUUUCCAAUGCAGACGCCUGGCAGUUAAGAAAAGUACCAAAUGAUCUGAGAAAUCCCACUUUUGAUCAUAAAACAACCAAAUCUGGCCAUAAAAAGCCAAAUCAGGUGAAAACUGAUUAAUCUAUUGUUCCAAAUUAUUGGUGUUUCAACAUUUUUUCCGUUUUUGGAAAAACUACUCUUCUAACUGCCAGGUGCCGAUUGGCUGUUUGCAGACGUCCGCGAAAACAGUUUUUUUUGCGGGGUAUCAUUAGAUCUAUAAAUAAAUUGCAACGGGAAAGGGUUGACUCAAGGUUAUAGCACAUAUGGAAGCUCCGGGUGAACGGCUUCUGUAACUGCUUGAAAAAUGGUAACCGCGCUGAACUUUGAAAGGAGAGAUAGAGUAGGGUUACCCCUGGGGUUACCUCUCCCCUUUGUACGGUCUCCUCGCCGCAAAGUUCUCCAGCUGUCAAUUUGUCUGCUGUUGCAUUCAAGUGCGGUCGCGUUGAUCACCACUUACUUACUCAUUAUUCGAGUACUUCAGGGGGGCAAUCUGGUUGCUCACUUGGGGGAAAUGCGGUUCAAUUGAGAUUGAAAGAAAAAAGGUACAUGAGCUCAGGGGCACCUUGUUAUGGUAGUGGACAUAUUUAGUGUUUAGCCACUAAUUAUUCCUUUCAUAUUUCAAUUUUUUUUCACAACCCCUACAUUCAGUACUUUUCAAUUUUACAUAAUUUUAAAUUUCCCCCAACCUCGUCCCCAGGGCUUUUCCCUUAAAAAAUGGGUGGGGCGGGAAAAGGUCCACCCAUUUUUUAAGGGAAAAGCCCUGGGGACGAAGUUGAAAUUUCCCCCAUAAUUUUUAUUCAUUAAAAUAAUGAAAAAAUCGCCCAAAAAUCCUCAUUUAUUGAAACAAUGACUCUUAUCCUGUUGGGCCAUUUCUUGGUUGAAUGAAAUCUUGGCAAGAUUUGAACAGAACGGGCUGAAAUAAACGAAAAGCAGGAGCCCAUCAAAUUUGAUGGGCUCCUGCGAAAAGUUUUGAGCAGACUUACGGCCUCCUUUUAUGGCCACAAGCUUUCGGGGCAACGAUAUCUAGGAUAGUUUGGGUGUACAAGUGUUAGCUAUGAUUGGUCGAUGGUAGGCAAUGCAACCAUAAACGUCGUUGCGCCGAAAGCUUCUGUCCCAUAAUUCUCUCUUGCUUGUACCCAUUCCCCUUCUAAUUUCUGAAGUGAGAAUCGGGCUUUCUUUGCCGGCAUGUAAACUGUCUCUCUAUUUCAGACCACGUGAUGCAUGUUACCCCAGGGAACUUUUUCUUAUUAAUGUCGGUCCAUCUGCAUGCGUAUAUGUAUGAUAACUGAAACAGGAGCCAAAUUCUCUUGGAAAAUCACGUGGUCUAAAUUGGGAACUUUCCCUGAAGCUAUCAGGGUCAGUGCUAACAAAACGCAUUGCUCCUUGAAAAUCGACAAAGGAAAGCUCUUAGGAUUAGGUUGGAAAAUCUAACGGAUAAGCUUAUCAAUGAAGUCCACAAAGCCUUGUUGCGAAAGGUUGUUACUAUGCAGGUACAAGACAGGCAUACGUUUUUCGAUGUUUGGGGAAAACGGUUCAAAAACCAUAAAAAAGAAUGGUUUAUUGUGAAUUCUAUAAGAUGUUUCCGUGUUACAUAAUUUUUUUUCACAUGAUCGAAAUGAUAACUUGUUUAACAGAAAUAUGUCGGAAAAAUAUCAUUUCUGUGGCAAGAGUAAAGUCUUAAGGCGGGAACUGAGAGUCUUUGUGAGUGAAUUACUAACAAGAAAACUAGUAUCAACUUUGUCGCUGGGGUUUGUUUUGUUUUUUACACACACAAAAAUUGAAUGGUCUAAAUAUAAGACCUGCUUGACAAAAUCGCAUUGAAAGUGUGAUAACCUGUUGACAGUAAACAUGCUCUAAAACAGCUACACAGUAAAAUGCACACAGAGCAGAAUUAACAAACCAUAAAAAUACAAGGAAAUUUUCCCCUUCUUUUCUCUGUGUGCUACUACUUAAAUGAACAGUGAAAAGGAAAACAACUAACUGAUAAAUCGUUUCAGGCGUUGAACCAAAAAGGUUCAGGCGACGCUACGUCAAAUCGUGAGUCAAAAGGCUCAUUCAAAACCACCUGUUGGACAGGGCGUGGUCCACACGUUACAACAAGAUACAAAAUCAUGUCCACCCCGAUUUUAUCGUACUGCUUUGGAAUUUACUUUAUGAAAAAAGCACAUAUUUAAAGUUCCAUCUGUAUUUUUAUAAAUAAGAAAUUCUAUUCAAAUCAGAGAAUCAAGGUUGUCAUAAGCUGUUCAUUGUCGCUGAUGCCCUGAAAGCUGAAAACAUAACAUUAGUAGUAUGAAUUAUUAAUACACGAUCCUCGGUACGAAGCUAAUUAAAUUUUAAGCAACGCUUGUUUGCUUAAUGGCAUUCUGCCUGAUAGUCCAGAAAGCUGUUAUUCUUUAAUAAUCCAAGAACUAAGUACUAGUCGGGAAGCACUCAUCAAGCGGAACUUAAUUUUCUCACUCUGGUUUUGAGGGGGUUACCUUGACUUCAAACUGAACAACAACAACUGUCACAGCUCACAAGGAGACAGGCAAGCCUGAUCUUUGAAUAUCCUGCAAGAUCACAUUUAUUAUUGCCCACGUAAUUAUUUUGCUGUCGGCAACGCUGGUAAGAAUUAUUUCUAUAUAUAAACACGUACAAGCUAAAAAUACCAAUUUUAAACAUGGUUAAUCGCUUGCUCUCGUUUUAAAAACGACACAAAUUCGUUUAUUUGAGUCGAAGGACUAGCGUAAUUAUAUCAAUUAUAUCGUCUUUUUUAAGUGAGGAAGUUUCAUCUAGCUAUACAGUUAUCUCAUGCACAACAAAAUGCCGUCAAUGUUAAUGUAAUCAUAUAUUUAUAAACAGAUGAUUUUGCUUUCACAGUUAGCGCUUUAAGUUCUUUUUAUUUUUCACCUGCAAGUUUUUCUGAGUUUUUCGUCGUACUGUAGGUAGAAAAAAGGCAGUUUUUUCCUCCCCCCCCAAAAAAAAUUGUCCUCAAUGUUUAAACUUACGAUCUAGUAUAAAUGAUUUUUAGUUUUUUAUUUUCAGUUGGUUAUUGCAAAUAGACCGAAACUUCCCACAUUAUCGUGGAAGGAAAACCGUUACCAAAGUGUUCAAAGAUUCUAGUAGAAAGCCGUUAUUGUAAUAAGCCUUUCCAGAAUCUAAGGUUGGCUUGUCCAGUCUGUACCUGUUAUGAACCAGCGUUAACACAAAAACCUGUAUACGUGCCCGUUUGAAUGCUACUGUGAACAGCAUCUGACUGAAGAGGGUCCAUAUGAACCGUACACGAGAACACGACUAAUUUUGAUUUUCCAUAUCUGUCCGGAGUAGUUUCACCAUAUGGAUUUCUCUGGCUGUAAGUACUGCCUAUAGCAAUUUUGGCUUUCAGAUCUUUUAAAUUGCAAGACAGAGUGUGCUUUUUGUUUGCAAUACACCAAGCCUCUGCCUGCCUUGCCAAGGAAAAUUUGUGUUCUCUCAACAAGUACAACUCUUCCUAAUGUUUCACGUGCGACAGGUGCUACGGCCUAAACGCCUAUGAAAUCCGGUUUUAAUAUCUUCUUGAGUUUUGAAGUUUGUGGUUCAGUUUUAAAGGUGGCGUUUUAAUUCUUUUUCCUAGUCCCAGUCCCCUGCCCCCCUUCUGAUCGGGACGGUGGCGAAUUAACUUUGGCGCUACUGCUAAUCAAGCCAUGGUUUAUUCUUUGUAAACCAUAGGCAAGGAGAGAAACAAAUUCUAUAAACUUGCUCGAUUAUCCAUUUCCUUCUGUUUAACUGCGCUGGAGUCGUCUGUCUUGAUAGCUGACAAGGCUUAUUUCAUUUGUUUUUGUCUUCAUCGCACCAAUCCUUUUUCACGUUAAUAACCAUAAAAUUAUACAGUCGUACAAACCCUACCCACAGGUUGAUGUGAACGGCUGGCUUAACAGAUUUUUGUACCAUUCUGAAAUCGUUUUAUUGGGCUUUGUCACGCGCUCCUCCUCUACAUAAGCUGUAACGCAAUUUAGGAAACUGGCCGCGAAUUACAGUUACUUUUAAAACUGAGAGAACCAUAUUACACAUCCGGUACAAAAGAAGGCACAGAUUUCACAAAAUUAAGAAGAUAAAAAUCGGAAUUUUUCGUCUCUUGGAAGAAGUUUUUUAAGUUUCGUAGUAGCGAUUAAUAUAAAGGGCAACAACUAAAAGAACUUGAUUUGACUACCGUGACAAAGUCUCCUUUCAGCAAUUUUUUUUCGGCCUGUUAGCUCUUGUUCUGAAAAGUUCAGUAUCAUCUUUAAGUGGAAAAAAUAUAUAUUUGCAAUAACAGCAGUGGACUUAACUACAAAUUGUAAAUAGGCCUGAAACAAAGGGAAGUGGCACUGAGCUAGACUUUUAACCAAUGUACGUGUCAUGGUGCAUGGAGUGACGGUAAUGCCGUGACUAACCUCUCGCGAGGUUAUUAGGUGUUUCCCUUUCCAGCAAUAGUCGCAAUACUACAUUCAAUUUGCUGAAUCAUUCACUAAAUUCAAAAUCACACGCAUUUCUUUAUGGAAAUUAAUUAAGGGGAAAAAGUAAACAGAAAUGAACACACAUGUACACAUGAUAAAGACCGAGUGGCGGUUAAUAUAGAUACAGCGAAAAAACUGAACAGAACACAACGAAUAAUCCCUGCUAGACCCGGGGGGAAAUACUCCAGAAAGUUUUGGGUGGAUACGUGUCUCAUAGGCCCCAACUGAUACCCCGUUUUCCAUUCAGAAUGAUACACCAAUCCAAAAAAUAAACCGCUUCCUAGUGUCAUGUUCUUUAUAUUCUUUUUCAACCGCUGAUAUUUUACAACUACCAUGCACUGGAAAUGUUAUUUCUCGUUCUAAGAUGAGGAAACAUCUCGAACUGUGGUACACACGGGUAUAGCUAAGGUAGUCUGUGGAGCCCCAUACCCCUUCCCCCACGUUGCCAGGUCAUGACUUCUUACACGAGCUUGUGGGGCAACGUCAUAUGACUUUCACUUAUCACAUGAUUAGCAGAAUCGUUUGCGUGUAAGCGCAUCACAGAAAUGUAGAAAUUCAUAUUUCAUUUGUUCUUCGAUUGACGAACCUAAGCGGUUAAAACGAAGACAGACAUAGUCGACACAAGGGCGAUCGCGAGUACCACUAAUAUAAACGAAAUUCUAAUUGGUCUAUUCUGCGUCACAGGUUCUUCCCAGCAUUUCUAUUGGACGGUAUAAAAGCUUGUGAUAGAGGCGGGAAAGAAAAGCAACGAGCCUCGACAGAGUAAACUUCGUGCACAGUUGAAGUGGAAGCGCUGCAUGGAAAAACCUCACAGGUAUUUAGUUACUAUGCACUCUGGCGGUAAAAUCUUAGCUUUGUACGCGUUACGAGUACGAAAGAACUGUCACGAUUUCGUGUUCUAGAGGAAAGUUAUCACAAUAUCCUUGAAAAGUUUCGUUAUUGUGGAAAACAGGCGGCAAGGCCGCCGGCAAGCCGGUCGAAAGCCGGAGAGUUCUUUCAGAUAAACUUAAUUCUUUUGAUGCACUUCAAAAAUUUUUAAUGUUGCUUUACUCGAUCCAGUUUAACUUCCUUCAAUGGUAAAAAUCUGUGUGUAGGUAAUUUUAGGUCAGACGUAGGAAAAACUGUAUGAGGUUAACCUAUACUUUUUAUAUCAAGCUCAAAACAAUUAUCUUUUUCGGCGGAUGGUGGGGAAUUUACAGAAAGAACGCAUGUUUUCGAAACAUUGCAUGGAGUUAAGUCAAUAUUUAUCAAUCAAAUUUAACUAGUUUCCCGAGCCAAUUUAAUUUUCAAUUUUCUGGCGGAUUACUUCCGUAAAGAAGAAAUCUGAGUAUUAGUUCAAUUAAUUAUUAAGUUUAUCAAACUGAUUUUUACUAACUCGGGAAAAUCUGUUCAGGAACUGAAACGAGUGGAACAGUCACGGUACAAACAAGGCUGUGUAAGCUAACUUUAAAUUUUUGCAUUAAGCUCAUGUGAAAAAUUUUUUCAGUAUUAUGAUGUCCUCGGAUAAGUAAACUUGUUGGAAAAAAUGAAACUAAUACAUUCUUGAAUUCUUGACAUAGCUUUAGUUUAAUAUUUAUUGGCUCAAAAAUUAAGUUUCAGAAACACGGCUUGAUUUAACGAUAUUUUAGCUGCCCUCGCAGUUUGAUUUCAUUUUCAUUAGUUCGAAGAUAAGACUUACAUGAACUGAAUUAGUUUUCCUUUCAAUUUGACUUUACUAAUUCAACCUUAGGAGGCAACAUAAAUUCACUGUGAAGUUAUUUAUAUCCGUAUAACAAACGUAUAUUUGGGACUUCGUGUAUUAAAUAUUUUAUUAGUUUACUCUGUACAAAACUUAACCAUAUAAUUAAAAAAUAAGUAAAUAUCAGUUUUUUUUCGUAGAAUUUUUAUAAGGAAGUUAAAUUUGGACUUGCAAGUGUGUUUUUUCUCGGGCUAAAGCGAGCUAAGAACAAAAAAGACGUCACAUUACAUAAGUUGCAGAUUUAGAGAAAAGUUAGAAAAAAAAAUUUGCUUCAUGAUCAUGUUAUGAAAUUAAUGAGGAACUUCAUCUAGCUGAGCUUUUCAAUAUGUUCAAACGUCAUGGAAAGUGUUUAUUAGCUUCCAUUUUGGACCUAUGGAAAUGCUGUUGAUUGAUUUGAUAUCUUGUAUAACAAAUGAAGGGAUUGAAGCCAGCAUGCAUAUUGUGAACAUAUUUUGUAAUUCAGGCUGCUUAAUUCACUGCCACUGCAUCCUAAAACUAGAACUGUUAACUCAUCCCUACUGGAAAUGUUUUCACUAAAACAAAGUCGUUUGAAACUUGAUUGGAGUGUCAAUGCCAUCGUCGCUUCCGAAUCUCCAAAAUCGUCGUUUCAUGAAUAGCAAUCGUCUGAUCGUAAAAUGCUUAUACAGAGUCUGAAACUUAGAAACCCACAAAAGACUUCUUUAUACUCGCUUUGGGAGGAGGAAAGUGUUGAAAGUAGCUGAAGUUGAAAGUUAGCAUAUUAGUAAGAUUAAACAACGAGAACGCCGACGUCCCGAAGGUCAUGAACAGCAAUCUGAAGUUGGAUGUCUUGCUUGAUGGAACACUUUUGUCUCACACAACGAAUCUAAAUGUCCUUGUUUUAACUCCGAGCACUGAAAGAGAGAAAAAUAUGAACUUCCGGUUGCCAUCUUUGACGUCCGAGACGUCAACGUUCUCAUUGCUGCUUGCGCUUAAGGUCCCUAAUUACUAAUGUUGAGUGAAUGUGUGUUAAGUUUUUCAGCUAAGCUUCUCAAUGGGGCUAUCGCUGGUGUGGUGGGCGUUAGCUGUGUCUUCCCCUUGGACCUUGCUAAAACAAGACUGCAGGAUCAGAGAAACCUCGGAACUCAAAAGCAAUACAAGCAUUUGUAAGUAUCCUUUUUUACUUGUCGAUAUCACUAAUUUUUCCAUUUGUUUUCAAUGUUUACACUGUGUUUAAUUUUAGAGUGGACUGUUUGUGGAAAGUGACAAGAGCGGAAGGGAUACAGGGUCUUUACAAAGGUAAAAGGAAAAAAGGUUAAUAAGUUUUAAUUUUGUGGCCUCAGUUCCUGGUGAAUGUUUAAGAAUGACUUUUUUUCUUGCUUGUUUUUAUGUUAGGAAUGGGAGUGAAUCUAUUACUUAUCAACCCAGAAAAAGCAAUAAAACUUGCUGUAAAUGAUCAAGUCAGGCAAAUGUACGGUGGUAAAAGGUAACUUCAAUCACUUUUGCAUGUUUUUGGUAAAUAACCUAAACAUUUCUUUGUCUGUUAAAAAAUGCUCAAUUAGUAUCUCAUAAACUUUUGUUUGGCUUGUAACAUAUUUAAUGUUGUGCAAACUGACGUUAAUUCCUUUAAAAGAGCUUUUAAUAUUUUUCUUCUUUAAGGCACACACUACCCUUAUCCAAAGAAAUGAUAGCUGGUGGAGUAGCUGGAUUUUGUCAGGUCUGCUUCGUUUUACUUCUAAAAGACGCAUUUUAAUACUGUCUGUGUUCCAGAUCCAAUUUCUAGCUAUAACUAACUUUUUUUCGUCGUAACAGGUGAUUGUAACAACACCAAUGGAAAUGCUUAAAAUACAGCUUCAAAUGGCAGGCACACAAAUGUCAGGUAAAUGUAUUGCGUGAAAAGGGGUGUCAACAGAAUCUGGUUCAGAGCGAAUCGGAUCAACCUCGAUCUGUAGCACACUAAAUCGAAAAAAAAAGGUAGGGAUAGGGAGGAUUGACCCGAUCGGGUACGAUCAAGGUUUUGUCAAUGGCCUGUGAACAAGUCUAUCAUCAGUAGUACAGGGCGCACAGCUAGGCCUCUUUUUUCGGCAGGAAUCUCAUUAAGGAGGUAGGAAGUCUUAUUCAGAUAAGGUCAUGUGGUUUAACCAGUUUGACAGGUUUUAGAUUGACCAGGAUGAAUAUCUUUCUUUUUGAUGGCUGACUAACAAAAGUACUCAUUGGUUGAAUCACCUUUUCGAAGGAAUAAGCGCUAAUUCGCCUGAGACAUAAACGUUAUUGAGUCGUAACGUACUUUUAUGCAACUUCCAUUUCCUGCCGCUUUCAUUGUCGAUUGCAAAUAAUAAAUAGAAAUGUGGUGGUAGUGGUGAAGGGGAAACAAUGGGGAUUUCAAUUUAGAUGCACCGUUUCCGUGUACGGGUACGGGUAAAUUACCCGUACGCUUAGCCGUAAAUAUGGGUAGAUUGCCUCUUACCCUGGAGAAACUGCUAGGCUACCCGGUAGAAAGCUAACGCCCUGAUCACUUCUUGGAAAUUCCUUAAUAUCCUGCAGCUUUCUUCGAUCUGCUUAAUGCGUCAUAACAUAUUCAGCCUCAACCAAUGAUUGUUAAUUACCUUGCUUAUAGCGAGUCCUAGAGUUGCCAACACCUCCUCUGCAGUGGCAGCCGCCAGUUCAAAUUUAAGAACGUUCGGCACCAACUCAAGUACACCCCCUAAAUCUGCGGCGAGAAUAGCACAGGAUCUAAUGAGAAGCAAAGGCAUCGGUGGACUGUACAAAGGACUUGGAGCCACAUUAGCAAGGUGAACAAAACACUUUAUAAUUGACCUUAACUGCUUGCAAAGUUCUGCUAAUGCGCUUUGAUAAACUCAUUGAUCUUCCAUUGGCCUUCCAUUUUCAGGGACGUUCCUUUUUCCUGUAUCUACUUUCCACUAUUUGCCUUUUUCCGGCUUGAGGUUAGUGUCUUUAGCAGGAAAACUGUCAAUAAUUUAAUGAACUCCACGUUUUCUUAUUUUCCUGGAUUUUAUUCAAUUUUGCGGGGGAACCUCAAGAGUAAGUUAAUAAUUACGCAGCCAUCAACAAACAGAAUGCAUCUUUUUAGUCUGUGAAAGGCUGCUAAAAACAACUUGUAUGAUAUUGAUGGUUUUCCCUCACUGGACAGUGGCGGAUACAGCCCUAGUGAUAAGGGGGGCGGCCAUUCAGACCCUGAAAUAAGGGGGAGGGGGUCGGUCUCAAAUAAAUAUUUUUUCGGCCUUUUGGGCCUCAGUUUGGUCUAAAAAUAAAGGGGGGGCGGGCCCCUCCCCUGGAUCCGCCACUGCUUAUUCAGCAGCUAUGUAAAUUUCUUGUAAUGAACGAAAGAGUUUAAUUCCCACGAAUUUUUUGUUAUCCCAACAUGGCCCUCGUGUCCCCUUUUGUGUUUUCUCUAUUUCUUUAACAAAGUUUUUAACAGAAGUUAACUAUAAAUUCUCGUGAAAUGCACGCAAUGAGGCUUACUGACCAUUAUUAAAAAGACGUAUUGAUAAAGCCACUUUCUAUUUAGAUGAAGCCCGGUGGCGAUCAUAGUGAAAAUCCAGGACCCCUGCACUGUAUGAUGGCUGGCUGCUUGGCAGGUAAGUUUUCUAAUUCUCAUGGGCCUUUAAAUGACCUACUCACGUGAUGAUACAAAGAACGGUAGGAGGCUAGCAUUGUACAGCCUGGCCAUUACUGAAAACCAAUCUCUAAUAGGUGUUAUUAAGUCCAGGAUAUCAAGUCCCUCGCUAAUACUAUUAACUGCCCACCGGUUUUGAUCACUUUUCCCACGACAUUAAUGAUCAUCAUCAAAGUCUUUUCCUCAAGUAGGGUUCGAGAUGGCAUCAAAUGACUGAGAGUGAAUAGGCCUGUGUUUGAAGUCCCUGACCUUCAUCUUCCCUCCCAUCCCACCCCCCUCCACCCCCCUCUUAAACGUAAAGAAAGUAGUUUAUCUGCUGCUGGAGUUUAGCCUUCCAGCAAACUCUCCAUUUGGGAGAUAUCGGGAAAUGUUAAAGACAAUCUCGCCCGCAGGCUACUGGAGUUAGAUUGUGUUAAUCAACGCAGAUCCUCCAUGUUUACGUAGGAAUGAUAGGCAGUGUUACAGUGACACCAAUGGACGUAGUAAAGACCAGGCUUCAGGUGAUAAGGAGUGGCCAAGGAGAAGCGAUGUAUACCGGGUUUGUCGACUGCGUACACAAAACCUACACCAACGAGGGCCUAAGGGCGUUCUACAAAGGAGCAGUUCCCAGAAUGAUCGUGAUAGCUCCACUGUUUGGAAUAGCUCAGACCGUUUACUUCUUGGGAGUGGCAGAAAGAAUCAUGGGGCUUGAAGUAUGA